UACAUUUUAUUCUUCUAUUUAGGUCAAAGAUGUCGACGUUAUCGUCGUUCCCGUAGCCGGUGGGGGUCUCUUAGCUGGAAUCACAGCAGCAGUGAGAGAGCUGUCUCCUAAAACGCGUGUUAUAGGAAUUCCUACUGAAGUGGCCAAAGUUAAAGAAAUGGAUCUAGCCCGAGCCAUUUUGAUUAUGCUUGAGAAUCACAAGUUUGCUGUAGAAGGAGCUGGAGCACUAGCGCCAGCCGCCGUUAUGACUGGCCAAAUUGACGACAUCCAAGGAAAGAAAGUAGUCUGCGUCAUUAGCGGUGGUAAUGUGGAUAGCACAAUGUUAGGACAUAGCAUUGAUAAAGGUCUGAUCGCGGAUGAUCGUCUUGUACUGGUCGAAGUAUUUCUGCCUGAUCAACCGGGUAGUAUCUGCGAACUUCUCGAGCGCAUUUCGGGUACCGGUGCUAAAACCAAGCAUAUCUAUAUGGUAUGUUCAAUCAAGGCUUAG